GGCUUUAUCACAUGUUUAGGUGGAGCCAGAAAAUAUUUGAAAAUGUAUAAGUGCAUGCUGAUGUUGAACACCAUGGAUAAAAUAAUGUACGAUGCUCAGCGUCAAGGUAGAAUAUCAUUUUACAUGACCAACUACGGAGAGGAGGCCACCCUCGCUAGUGCUGCUGUGUUAGCCGACACUGACCUCAUCUAUGGACAAUAUAGGGAAGCAGGUGUGCUGCUGUACAGGGGCUUUGAGUUACACCAAUUCAUGGAUCAAUGUUAUGGAAACUGUGAUGAUAAAGGUCUAGGGAGGCAGAUGCCUAUACAUUAUGGCUCCAGAAAACUGAACUUUGUUACUCUCUCAUCUCCAUUGGCAACUCAGAUGCCUCAAGCUGUUGGCUCAGCAUAUGCACUCAAACGAGCCAAGAAUGGGAAUUGUGUCAUUGUAUACUUCGGCGAAGGUGCUGCCAGUGAGGGAGAUGCCCAUGCUGCUUUCAAUUUUGCUGCUACGUUAGAGUGCCCAGUCAUAUUUUUCUGUCGCAACAACGGAUAUGCAAUCUCCACACCAAGCAGUGAGCAGUACAGGGGAGACGGUAUUGCAGGUCGAGCUGAAGGUUACGGCAUCAUAGCAGCGAUCCGGGUUGAUGGUAACGACGUUACUGGCAGUUUACAACGGUUACAAAAAGCUGCAAGACAGUAUGCUGUCAAAGAAAACAAACCUGUUAUAAUUGAAGCUAUGACCUACAGGGUUGGUCACCACAGCACAUCUGACGACAGCAGUGCCUACAGGCCAGUGGAGGAAGUGCAGCAGUGGGAACAGGACAGCCCAAUAGCCAGGUUCAGGCUUUAUCUUGAGGCUCAGGGCUGGUGGAAUUCUCAGGCUCAGCAGGAGUUUCUUACCUCAGCCAAGAAACAGGUGAGAACUGAUAACAUCUUCUGUACAUUGUGA